UCCAAUGAACCUAACCAAUAAACAAUAUCAGUUUAACAUUACAACUACUAAUAAAGCUGGGAAUGGAUCUACUAGUAACAUAACUAUUGGAUUUCAAAUAAAUUCAAAAUUUUUGAGCAUUUACCAAGGAUCUUUCAUGUAUCAAGUGAACAACAAUUGGAGUUUAUCUUUCAUUAUAUCAGGCUAUGAACUGUGUCUUGGAGUGUCACUUGCUAAUAUUACAGUAACAAGUUGUACUGUUGGUAAUUCUAGUAAUUGCUAUUUGGCAACAGCAGUGUCUAUCAUUUAUAUCUCUUACAAUAACAUUUCCCUUGCUGCUAUUAUCAGUCUUCCCUCAAGAGAGAUACUGGAUACUAUUGUUAUCAUGCAGUAUCCAAAUUUUCACAGCAAUACUAUUAGAAUCAGUACUUAUGAUCUGCAGGAAUUAAGAUUAAUUAAUACUUCAUUUAAUGAGGUCUGCUUGGAGUUUGGUUUUGUCAGUGGCAGCACAACUAAUAGUAUUUAUAUUCACAUCACUGGUUAUGAACACUCAAAUUCUCAACUAGAGUAUUACAGUAUAUCUCGUAAUGAUCGAUUCAACUUUAUUCAGUGUAUAACUAACAUACCAGCAGGUAACAACUUAACACUGCAGGUAAUGGAGGACUGUACUCCUAAUCCUUCUGCUGUAUUAACUGGUAUCAAUAUUAGUGAAGCUGCUAUAGUCUGUAGUAAUACUUUUACACAGUACAUAAUGAAUUCAGUAACUUCAUAUGAAGACUCCUUUACUCCUAGCAGUUCAGAAUUGCUUUAUUCUACCUCAGCAAUUGCAUCAGUUUCUUCUACAACUGCUAUACCGGUAGAUGAUUGCACUAAGUGUACAAUGGAAAGUCAAAAUGAUGUUCUUGUCACUAGUGCAGUAUUGAUUAGUCUAUUAGGAUUAUUCCUCAUCCUAUCACUAGUACUCCAUGCUGUUACACUAACUGUGUGCUACUACAAGAGGAAAGGGAUUAAUAAUCAAAAUGCACAGGAGCAAGAAUUAUCAUCAUCAAUUAGUCCACAGUAUGAUAAUAUACCAGCUCCACAGUCAGUACUGUCAAUGAAAGAAUGUGCUGCUUAUGGUGUAGUAGAGGGUACAAGACUUUAAUAAUAAAUAACUUUAAAAUCUUGUUCUUUUAUUGUGAGUCUGACACUUGUCCUUGCAGAUCUAACUUGAUUUAUAUUUUCUCUCUUUCUCUGUUGGAUCAUACUUUCAGUUGUUGCUAUCCUAUUAUUAUGCUUUGCAUAGGAAAAGUGCUAUUUUUGGUUGCUGUCACUGUUAGCUUUCACUAACUAUGUUCUGUUUCAUAAUAAUAUUGACUGAGUGUUAUGAUCACAUUGUA